AUGACGGAUUCUAGUCCUCCCUCAACCAAUCCACCAGGGGCGACACCCGCCCAGCUGUCGGGCGGCCCCUCCCAAUCAGAGCCACCAAAACAGCAGCAGGAGCCUCAGCAGCCUCCGCAGCCUCCGCAACAACAGCGACAGCUGCCUCGGGAGCACACACCAGCCCAACAAAUCCAGCUUCAACAACAGAUUCAGCAACAGCAGCAGCAGCAGUUGCUCAAGGCACAAGCGCUGGCGCAGGCGCAAGGACAAGCACAGGCCCAACCACACCAACAACGGUCGCACCAUCUUGCAGCGUCCCUGAAUCCAGCACACGCUCAUGCUCCGAACGCGCAUCAAACCCGCCAGCCGAAAUCGCCUGCUUCGCCGCCGCCCGUGACGAUGCCACCACCACAAGCCGCCGCUGCCUCGCCGCCCACAAAACGCGACCUCAAAUCGUGGUGGAAGGGCUUCAAGCUCCAAUCACGAAACCACGAUGUUCAAGGUAAAUAA